AGUACUGCAAUUCGCUGCGAGAUCCAGGGCACCAAGUGACCAAGAGCACACAAUGGAAGAUAAGGCAUUAAGGUGUCUCCAAAACAAGAGCCCAAUAUUCACAUUAGGAAGUGUGGGGCCAUAUGACAUUCAAGUGAACAGUUUGAACACUUUAAUGAGGGAUGAGCAAGUUUCUGACGAGGUCAUGAAUUCCAUAUGUGAUAUCCUUAGCAAGGAUCGCCCAGGUGUUGUACAUAUCAAUUGUCAGGCCCUCACGAAAAUACUGGAUGGAUCUAAAAGGGCAAAGAGCCACUAUUUUCUCAAGAACAACAUUUUGGAAAGGGCAACAGAGGUGUUUGGAGUGUAUCUCGAGAAUGGCAAUCAUUGGAGCUUUUUUGUUGGCAAAAAAGAUGUUCCACCCAAUGUGCUGCAGCAGCCUAAAAAGGCAAAGACAAAGGUGAUGAUAUUCAGCACUUUAACAGAGGGAGAGGCGGAAGACCUUGCCAAGGGGUUUGGAAUGGCACUGACCAAACAUGUGCCAAAAGACCAACUACUUUCUGGGAUACCUGAAGAGGACAUCCCAGCAACACUGAGGACCAUUGAACAAAUGAAGCUUAAUGUGCAAAACCUUGGCCCUGAAUCAGAGCUGGAUUUGGCCACUCACCGCUUUGGACCUAAAGCAGCUGAUUUUUUAUUUUCCUUUUUAGAGGACUGUAUGAAAAAAACUCAGCACCCAUAAGGGGCACACAUAUACUAAUGUGGAAGUCACAUCAUACAAAUCAGUUCAGAUUUGUAAAUAAAAACAGGAAAGUUCAGAUUACUUGAUCAUAAUUUGAUUUUUAUUUCAUUCUAGACAAAUACAAAAUACAAAGUUUUAUUUUUGUGGUCAGUUUUAUAGUAAAUAUAUAUUGGAUUACUGAAGGUAACAGAGAUGUAUUAGAUAACAAAUACAAAGUUUGAUAAAAAUGGCAAAAAUAU